GGAAGGGAAGCCGCGGCGGCGGGUGCGCGUGCGGGGCUGCGGCGGGGCCACGUGCGCCCGGUGCCGCGCGCGGGGCAGCGCCGCGGCCCGCCCGCCAUGCCCGCCGCGCCGCCGUGAGCGCCGCACUCUGUGCCAUGGGGCCGGACCUGGGCUGGGCCGCGCUGGUGCUGCUCUUCGCCGCCUCGCUGCUCACCGUGGCGGCCUGGCUGCUGCAGUACUGGCGGUCCACGGCCCUGCGAGCACUACGGCGCCGGGGAGCGGCGGGGGAGGAGGCCGGGGCCCGGGCACUGCUCGCGGCCCUUCUCGCCCUCAGGUCCCUACGGGAGCAGUGGCAGCGAGCUUGGGUGCGAGCUCUCAACAGCCAGGCGCGCCGGCACGGGAGUUCAGUGCAGAUCACAUUUGAAGAGGGUCCUCAGUUACCACAAGCUGCAAAUAUAAGUUGUGUGACAUGCAAGGGACAGUCGGACCACAGCAUGGUGCUGUGCUGCCAUCUGUCAGCUGAAGCUGUGAAAUUCCCUGUCUCUGUUGCUCAGCAAUCACCAGUUGCUGUUUCUGUGGACACGUAUCAUGUCACUUUGGCUGUGCUGCAGGCUCAGGUGGAGAUCCACUUGGAGGAGAUACAGAAUGAGGGUCUCCUGGUGUCAUGGACAUUCAAAGACAGACCAGACUUGGACCUUUUUGUUCUUCCACGACUUGGGCUUCCUGAGAAGGAUGAAGGGAGAGCAGAUCUGUCCACUAUAAAGGAUCUGAUAGAGGAUACCAUUGUCAGUACGAAGCCAGCCAUGGUGAUGAAUUUGCUGGCCUGUACCGCUAGAGCCAGUGCGGUACCCAGCAAUAAGGUGACUCGAGAGUCCCCGUCCAGAGUAGCAGCAGCCCCUCUGGGUUCUAAGCUGUUGCUCCGGAAUCUUCGAGUGCUGAACUUGGGCUGCCAGGGGAAGGGAGGAGUUGGGGAGAUACGCUGCGUGGCAGAGCUAGACAGCCCCCCGCAGCAGAAGUGGACGAGGCCAAUGAUAGGUAGCAGUUUUGGUGCUGCAGGAGAGAUGGAGUGGAAUGACGAGUUCUUUCUGGAAUUAGGACCUAGAAGCAAAGAACUGAAACUACAGGUGCUGGGAAGCAGCGACAGAGGGGGAAAUGUGCUGCUGGCAUAUGCCACACUUUUGAUAGAUUCUUUGGGCAAGCAGCCCUCUGGGAGACAGGUCUGCUCACUGGCCCCGGGAGCUGGACAGUCGCUGGCAGCUGAAGCUACCAUUACAUUGGAGCUGCUGUUCCAGGAGUCUUCUGCAUCUUUGAAUGCUCCGCAUGCCACAUCUCUGCGAACCAGCAUCACCCCCACUAAGAAGGUGGAGAUGGACCGGACCAUCAUGCCUGAUGGCACCAUUGUGACUACUGUCACCACAAUUCAGUCCCGGCCCAAGGCAGACUGCAAACUGGAUUCACCAUCGAGGUCGCCUUCCAAAGUGGAAGUGACUGAAAAGAAGACAACAGUGCUCUUGGAGACCGGCUGUCCUUAUGGCCACUUGCCCAGCAGUAGCCGGGAUAGCCAUUUGCCCAAUGGCUUGGAUCCAGUGGCUGAGACGGCAAUCAGGCAGCUAACUGAGACGAAUAACAAGACCACCAAGAAGACACCAACAAAACGUAGUACACUGAUCAUCUCAGGAGUGUCCAAGGUACCUAUUGCUCAAGAUGAAAUGGCACUUUCUCUGGGUUAUGCUGCAUCACUGGAGGCCACAGCGUAUGGGGACUCUGAGGCAGAGAGCACAGCUGACCAGAUGCACGAUUUUACUGAAUUGUCGCAGCCGCUGGAAGCACCGCCAUUGGGUCAAAGGGACAGUCAGGAGCUGGAUGAGACAAUGCGAUCAGACAUCUCUGAAAGACCAUCCAUGGAAGAUGUUGAGUCUGAAACUGGCUCCACGGGAGCCCUUGAGACAAGGAGCUUAAAAGAUCACAAAGUUAGCUUUCUUCGGAGCGGUACCAAGCUCAUCUUCCGGAGAAGGAGCAAGCAGAAGGAAGCGGGCCUGAGCCAGUCACACGAUGACUUGUCCAAUGUCACUGCCAACUCCACCACCAGAAAGAAAACUGGUAGCUUCUCUCACCGCCUCAUCAAACGCUUCUCCUUCAAGUCUAAAUCCAAAUCUAAAGGUAGUGACAACACAUCAGCUGGUGCGAACUGAAGGAGGGAGAAGCCCAUGGAAAGAUUUCUCAGAGAUCGUUUUCUAGUCUCUUGUCUUCCCACUCCAUGGUAUCUGUGACUUGGAGACCAGUUCUUUCCAACCUUGGCUGAGGGAAGACACCCCAGUGCUUAAUGCUGUUCGGGGAGUGGAGGUAGCAAACCUGGGACUUGGCCUAUUUGGCUGCCUAGGCUUAGCCUUCUCUGCUUGUUGCACCCCACCGUGCUCUCCCAGAAAAUCCAGGUGGCGUGCUAAUCCCCCUGGGGGUUCCAGGAACUGCAGAAAUUACUCUGUGUGUGUCAUCAGGUGCCUCAUGGAAAAAGGGACAGGUCUCUCAAGUGGCAACCUUCAGAGUUAAAAUCCAGAAACUACUGGGUUAUUAGCUCCCAUGCUGAGAAGUGUGGGAUGUAGCCUCAUUGAGCUCUUCCAGUGACAGAGGAUGAUGCAGUCACUGAUGAUCUAAACACUACUAUUGCUUGUGCUCAGUGCAGAGGCUGUCACUUGAGGUGUGCUGCAGGGUGAUGUGUUCCUAGGCUGUGAGCUCUCAGGAGACAGCUGUCAGAGUUGUGAUCCUCCAGCUGGCUCUGCCAUUGGAACAGUCUCUGGUUCAGACAGCUCUGAGGAACCCCUGUUUUCUGUGCUCUGUUGGUGAAGGAAGAAGUCUCUAAGAAGAAGGAAGUUUUAACCGCUGCACAAGUUUUUGUAGAAACCCUCGCCCUCGCAAGAAUGCCUGCUCAGAGAUGUUGGUUCUGCCACCCUGUGCAGCCACGUGUGACACAAUGCUCCUUCCACAUCUGUGUUCUUGAACAGGGAAGAGCCUGUACUGAAUGCACACACCAGCUAUUGUAUGAGCAGAUCCCUUACUCUUGGGGGUGGCUGGGGAUGUUGCCAAAGGGCUGCCAGGUUGUCUCCCAGACGAGCCAUGGUUCUCAUGCCAAGGACUGGCACCAUGCUGGGGAUGGAUGGCAAAGAAUAAGGCAAGGAAUGUCGUCAAGGGCAGUCUAAUGGUGAGCCUGAAGGCACAUGGCAAAAGAGGAAAGAGUUUACAUGUUGUCACUGAUGGGUUUCCUUUAGUACAGGGAAUCUUUCUGGAUUGUAUUUGGUAUUUCCUUUCUUCUUGCAAAUACGGUCCCCCCUGUUCAAACAGGGUAUUUCUGCAGCAGGUAUUUGCAGAGAGGGAGAGAGGUGUGGGGGAAAAUAAAAUCCCUGUGCAGGAGGAGACCGUCCUUCUAGAGAAACAGUUGUCCAGUCUCCUGGCCCAUACACAUUUUAUCUAUAAUAUCCCCAGAAGUUCCCUUCAGAUAGCACAUAACAAUGCUCUUUGGAGAAACGCUCACGUCCUGUCAACAUCCCUGGUUUGAGCGAAACCUCCUGCUCUCCUGUGGGUUGUUGAGUUAAGGCAGUGGGACGGAGGGGAGGAAAAACCUCACAGAACAGCUAUUUCCCAGGCCUGACUGGAUUCUCUAGCUCUGCUCUUCCAUCAGAGUAUCUCCUGUGGUGGUGUCUGUUGCCCUUCCUUGUACAGGAUGCUGCCAACUGAAAAAGCAGUUCUUUUGAUGGUGCAGGUAAAACGUGUUUCUUGGAAGGACAAACCCUGACUUGCUGAUACUGCUGCCAUGUGCUGUUUCCAAGGACCAGAACAUGUUUGGUGUGCUGCAGGAAAAGGAUUUACAGGUGGCUGUUUCUUGCGAAUUUGUACAGGUGGGGAAGACCAGAGUUACCAAGGGCCGUAAUUGAAAGUGCCUGUGUGUGCUAGUAGUGAGGGGCUCUUGGAUCUUUUUCCUGUUCAUUCCUCACAUGAUUGGGCAUGUAUGAAUCUGAGAAAUCAUAUGGGUUCAGCUGGCUGACCAGGAACCUCUACAUCUGUUUUGGUCUGGGAGUCAUUGUCAUCCCCAAGUUCUGUCGUGUCUUUGAUCCUUGUCCGCAUGGCACUGUGGCUUUGUUUGCACUUCCAUGUACUACGGAUGCCAGAGAACUCGCUGAGAAUAAUUUUCCUUGAUGUGACGAACGGGUUUGUACUACAGUGCCAUUAGAAUUAGGCCAUCUGUUGCUUGCCUAUAACACUCCAGCCACUGCUUUUACAUCAGCUUUUGCUGGGUUGGUGCCAUGCAGUGCUGUUGCAUGCGGUGUGACACACCCUUGUUCCCAAAGUCUUAGAGUUUGGUUUCAAUUUGUUACUCUCUGUUGCACCAUCCCCUCUAUGACUUGUAGCUACAACGGUACUUUAUGUUCGUGUUUCGAUUUCAUUUAUUCAUUUGAACACCAUUUCAAGGUACUAAACCUUGAAGAUUUGAACCCAGACAGCACCACUUCUCUGGUAGGAGACUGAAGCCUUGCACUAGAAAUUCUGGUUUGAGUGGAAGAGCCUGUGGCUCUUCAGUUGUGGGUUAAUUAAGGCUCUGCCGUGCGUUUCGUUUGAUAGUCCCAUGUUCUUUAAACUGUGAGAGCUUGAGUUGUCUUGGUGUGUAGUGGCUGGAGGUGAACAUCGAGGGUCACUGUUAUUUGGAAUCGGGGAUCCAAGGCUCAUGUACACAGUGAGGACUGUGAGGGCUAGGCAAUGUUGUUCUUGUCACUGUUGACUGGAGGCAGAAAAGACAAGGUUUCUGUCUGACAAACACACCUAGAUUCUUGACCAGCAUAUUUUGGUCUGGCUUGUAGGAGGAGGUGAUAGGAAAGGAAGUAAAACAGAAGCUCAAGUUACUCACUUGCCUUUCUAGCUAUGUUAAAUGGGCAGUUCCUGUCAUGUGUCUGUGGCUUUCCUGUUUUGUUCCUGGUUUGUUGCUCCAGGCUAUGCCUGCCAGUGACUUGCAGUGGAGGUAUGGUUUUUGAUUUUGGACUUGAUGUGGUGGAAGACGCCUGCAAUGUGUUUAGCAAAGUGAGUGGUACAUGGGAAGCAUGCCAGUAGGGGCAUAUCUUCCCUUGAAUUUUUAGCAGUGUUUUUUACCACUGGGAGUAAAUUGUGCUGCAAAACAGUGUCUGGUUAGCUUGCAAAGGAAAGGGAUGUUGUCAAGUGCUGGCAGAGUGUAUCCCCAAA